AUGACUCCAGCAGCAGUCACAAGCGAACCAGAAGUGAUUGAAGACGCUCCCGUGUCCGAGGAGAUCUCUCCAACUGAAGUCGCUGGACCAUCACCUGACAACGACCUCUCUGUUACAGCUGCAAAGCCUGAACAUAAUGAUGACGAGACUCAAGAACCGGUCCCCGUCGCUGAAUUUGCCCAAGAAGUGACGGAUAGCGGCGAUGCCGAAGAGGCAGCUACCCCAGUAGUCGACGCAUCCACCGACAUUCACCAUCCCGCAGUCGAGUCACAGGAUGACCUGCCGGCAGACGGGCUACCUGAACCACCAGCCGAACCAGUCGAAGGAUCUCGGGAAGAGGAAGAACCUGCCUCCAGCUCCGCCAAUAUGGAGGACGUCGUUGAAGAGCAACCUGCGGCGUCGACUGGAAAUGAACCUGCAGUAACGACGGACCUGGAAAUCGCUGAAGAUGCCCCACAAGAUCCCACUCUCCCCGAGGAGGCUACUGAGGAAGAACCACCGAGUGAAGUUGUAGCAGUCGCCGAAGAAGCACCAGGAGAGGAUGUCAUCGACGCAGUAGAGGCGCAACCAUCCAGCAUCGAAGAGCCAAAGCUCCCUGUUGACGACAUGGACCAAGAUGUGAUCGUCGAGCCUACAGCAGAACCCGAGGCCAACGAACAACCGCCCAUCGAUGUCGACGACGGGUCAGAGACGAAGGAAGAAUCCGCUGUUCCUGAUGAACCACACGUCAAGGACGCGUCCGACGCGGUGGAAGAAGAGAGUCUUGCCCCAGCUCCAUUGGUGGAGACGGAACCGACUACCGCAGAGGAGCCCGAGGUACCCGCAGAGGAGCCACAAUCGACAGACUCGGUCGAACCGAAGGACUCUCCAGUAGCAACCGUAUCGGAACUGCCCAUCUCCCACGCCCCCGAGCCCGAUCUCCCACCUGUUGAAACAAUCGAUGAUCGUUCCACGACGACUCAACCUGUGGACUCCACGCCAAACGCGGAGGCUGUGCACGAUACCCAGACUGAUCGCGAAGCAAUAACAUCUGUGGAAGAGGAACCGGCAGGAGUCACCGACGAACCCGUCGUGGUCGAAGAACCCAGCGAACACGACUCAUCCGACCCUCAUCCCAAUGAAGACGCGAACGACGUGAAGGAUGCUCCACUGGUGGAGGAAACUCUUACUACGCCUGCUGAAGAGCCAUCCCAAGACCCGUCGCCCUCACUCGACCAAGUUAGCGAAGACCCUGCUCCCGUGGAACUGUCAUUGGAAAUCGACUCUCAGCCAACCAACGACUCGGACCAGGAACCAUCCGAACAGAUCUCGACGGGUGAUGAGACCGCUGUCGUGGAAUAUACUGAAGACCCUUCCCAACUUCCUGAACCUGCGGUUGAAAUAGGCCAGGGAGAUGAUGUUGAAGUAAUCCAGGAUGCCCCCGCUCCUGCUGACGAGGCUGUUGUUGAAGCACCCACUUCCGAAGCAGACGCUCAGGACAAGGCAUCCAUUCCCCACACCAACUCCAAUGAGGCCGAUGCCGAACCCCUGACCGCCUCCUCGAAGGAAGACGAACAGGAAGCUCCUCCUACUGGGGAUCAGUCUCCUCCACAGUCCGAAGAACCAGAUGACGAGGCGACCCCUAUUCCUGUUUCUCGUGACGACACGGUCGAGAUUGUCCACGACAUCGUCGAGGUCGAUAAGAUAACCACUCCGCCCGCGAUCCUCGAAGCAGCAGAGCCUGCGAUGUCGCCUGGCGAUGGCGCGGACGGUGGUGCAGAACCGGUCGAAAGUGUCGCUGAAGAAGAAACAGCGGUCGACGAGCGAAACGCGGAACCAGCAUCAACCGAAGAUGUUGAAACUGUCAACGAGCAAGUAGAGCCUGAAACCGCCAUCGAAGUACCCGUCGACACUGUUUCUGAGGUCCCUGGUGCAGAUGAAGUCUCGACAGCACCUGAGCCCGCCCCGGAAGUUGAAGCUGUCGACGACGUCAACGGGACCGUGUCAUCCAACCCUAUCGAAGGGAAGGAUGAGGUGGCUCACGACGACCAAGAUUCGACACCGACCGUGUCUGCGGAGGGACAGGACGAACUCGCUGACAUUAGAGCCGAUGUCGUCGAACCUCCUUCCGAGUCUCAACCGGACGAUCCCAUCGAUGCGACCGUUCUAUCGGAGGCGGCUGAAACCACCGAGGAUGCGCAUGCGACGAAGCCCUUCGCGCCCGAGGCGAACGCUACGCAAGAGUCGGAUUCACGCGCCUCUGUCGAAGAUCAAGCCCCGACAGGAAACCUGGACGAACCCACGCCAGAAGGCGAAGAGAGCGAAACCCCGGCAAUGGACACUUCAUCCGUACCCGCAGAAGCGGAUGAAACGAAGGAUGGGGAUCAACCAGUAACUGAGGAAGUGCCCUCUUCAACUGGAGCAGCUGAGCCCAGGGUGGAACAAGAUGAAUCUUCAGCAGAAAUCGCUGAACCUAUUGCAUCAGCACCGCCAGCCGACUCGUCAGCCCCAACCGACUUCGACUCGACCUUGACUGAUGAAGCCGUUCCUGAGCACCCUGAAGCCCCCACUGAGGUCUCGCUUCACAUCGAUUCGACAGGUCUUCCCGAUAAUCCUGAACUAGAGGUGGUCGCAAAGGACGAGCCCGAAGCAAUCCCAUUGGAAGGAGCUCCCCCGGCUAUGGAAGCUGAAACGCAGACGGAUAUCGCUACGGAAGAAUCCCUGGGCGAGGAAGGUUUGGCGGUCACGGAAUCUGUCAUUGAAGGCGCUUCGCCUGACACUGCUGCCGCCCUUCCAGUUGCAGACCCUGCGGUCGAAGGGACUGAUGCAGCACCUAGCGCACCUCAAACCCCUGCAGCUGAAGUGGCCACUCCUCCCAUCGCGGAAGCAGAAGAGCCCACCGCAUCGGCGCCUACAGCAACAGAUGAGGUCCUCGAGGUACCCUCUGAGCCCAACGCCGUCGAAAUGCGAGAUAAGGUGCAACAAGACGAAGAUCCGGCCCAAGACCCUGUUGAGCAGGUUCAAGAAACGCCUCAGCCGCCCUCCGACGAACAGGAACCUCAAGCUCAAACUCUCGAUGAAGCACCCGUGAAAGAUGACGUCACGAGAAUCAACGAUGGCAUCAAUGGCUCUGCAGGCGAGGACGUCGUUGAGUUGUCCACAGAGCCUUCUGUCACCACCUCGCAUUCUGAACCUCAACCAAUGUCGGACGUCCCUUCCAGCCCUGUUGUCAUCGCUUCAGCGACGCAACGCAUCGAACCUCUAAACCUUGGCCCUGACGAUGGUCCUGUUGAUUUGGAACCUGUACCAGUUGCAGAUGCACCAGUCUUGCCUCCCCCUACUAGUGCCAGCGCCGCAUUCCCUGACCUCUCCCAACAUUCCAUGUACGAGACGGUCCCAGUCACGGUCCUCUCGCCUCAGGAAGAGCUUGCUUCUCUCGAUCUACCUGAAGGACGCGACUCCCCGGAUGCAGAAACUUCCAACGCCAACGUCCCCACCAAAGAAACCGAUCCAGCUUUGACCUCAUCCCUCGCAUCUGCUGUUGAUCUUCCCACCGCGAUAGAGCAGUUGGUAGAGGCCGGACUCACUCCUAGCGCUGAAGCCUUGCUCGGCGCCGUCCAAGAGAGCCUUCGAGGAAAGAUCAAGGAAGAAGACAAACCUACCAGUCCACCGGGCGCCCCAGCUGAAGCACAAGCGAUCCCCGAAACUGUAGAAGCCGACGCUGAAGGACAAGAGCCUAGCAAGGUCAUUCCUAAACACGUAGCGGAAGCGUCGACUGAAUCUGACGCCACACUCGUAUCCGGCCCCCCUUCCGAUGCCGGGCACAGUCGGGAGCCCACAGUAAUGGAAGAUGAGCCUUCGGAAAGCCAGGCUGACGUGAAGGCUGUACUUCAAGAAUCCCUCGUCCCUGUGGAGAAGCUUGAUAACGAAUCCACUCCCCUCCCGUCAAGUGAGGAGAACGGAGAAGUGAAAUCGACUGCCGAACCAUCUACCUCAGCCACCGAAGCCACGAAUUCCGCUUGA